AUGGCGAACUCACGAGAGCAACCGGCCACCGUCCUCCGCCGCAUCAUCUCUUCCCCCGGCUGCCACCAAGGUCCUGCCUGCUUCGACGCUCUCAGCGCCAAACUCAUCGAAUCUGCCGGCUUCUCUUACUGCAUCACAAGCGGUUUCUCAAUUUCCGCCACCAGAUUAGGUCUUCCUGACGCCGGUUUCAUCUCGUACGGCGAAAUCAUCGAUCAAGGUCGAUUGAUUACUCAAUCGGUUAAGAUUCCUGUUAUUGGUGAUGGUGAUAAUGGUUAUGGGAAUGCUAUGAAUGUUAAGAGGACUGUUAAGGGUUUUAUUGAUGCUGGUUUUGCUGGAAUCAUUCUCGAAGAUCAGGUGGCACCGAAAGCAUGUGGGCACACGCGCGGGAGGAAAGUGGUUUCUAGAGAGGAGGCAGUUAUGAAGAUUAAAGCUGCAGUUGAUGCUAGAACUGAGAGCGGGUCUGAUAUUGUGAUUGUGGCCCGCAGUGAUGCACGCCAAGGCGUGUCUCUUGAAGAAGCGCUUUGGAGGACAAACGCAUAUGCUGAAGCUGGAGCUGAUGUUAUCUUUAUUGACGCACUUGGUUCCGUUGAAGAGAUGAAAGCUUUUUGUCAAGUUGCUCCUCAUGUUCCUCAUCUGGCGAAUAUGCUUGAAGGAGGAGGAAAAACACCGAUACUUAACGCUCAAGAACUUGAUCAAGUUGGUUACAAACUUGCUGUUUAUCCACUUUCUUUGAUGGGGGUUUCUAUCCGAGCAAUGCAGGGUGCACUCAGUGCCAUUAAGGUAGGUGGUAUUCCUCCACCGGAAAGCUUGCCAUCUUUUGAAGAAAUUAAGGAAAUUGUUGGUUUCAAUGAUUAUUACAAAGAGGAAGAGCGUUAUGCUACAACUACAGAUCACUAG